AUGAUGCUGGAGAUGAAGUUGGAACUUCAAAAUGUGGAGGAUGAAGAGGAGCAAGCACAGUUAGAGGCACAACUUUGGGAGGAGGAAAUGGAAGCAGAAGAUGAAGCCACAGGAGACAGACCAGAUGUCACACAAGCAAUUGACGUAAGUGAAGAAGUCACAAGCAGUGCUCCGGCUGUCAAUCAUGACCCAGCGCAGGCUGACAUGAAAGAUGUAAGUGGCAUUGUAACAUUUCCUUCAAAUAGUAAUGAUCAAGAGAUAGCCCUAACAUUUGCAGCGCCCUCACAGUCCACUCCAGCACAAAAUAAGAAUGCCACAACACACGUAGCUGGCUUUCACCCUGUUCCAGCACGUGAGCAAACAAGCAUUGAACAGUUGUGUCAGGCCUUGAUGCUUACCAUGAAUAUACCGAAGCCUGACAUCAAGUCCUUCAGUGGAGAUCCAGCCGAAUAUUGGGCAUUUGUGACGGGAUUUGAGACAAACAUUGGCUCAAAGGUGACUGAUGCUCGAACAAGAUUGACGUAUCUGGUGCAGUACUGCCGUGGUAAAGCAAAGGAGAGCAUCGAAAACUGCAUAUUGAUGGAACCAGCGGCGGGUUACAAGAAGGCACUUGAAAUUUUGCGAGAGCAGUUUGGUCAACCACACCUGAUAAUGCAUGCUCUGCUACACAAGGUCACCAGCAGAGGGCAGAUACGACCAAACGAUGGCAAUGCCCUUUGGGAUCUAGCAAGAGACAUGAGAAAGUGCCAAAUAACGUUGUCCCAACUGGGAUACAAUGCAGACAUGAACAGCUCGGGGAACUUACUUAAAGUUCAGCGUCUCUUGCCAUUGCACCUUCAAGCAGACUGG